UUAAAAAUAAACUGUAGGACGUAGCUACUGAGGAAGAGAAGCACCCCAACGGAAUUCGGAAGAAUCGAAGAAGUAGCCGUUGCAUUUCCUCUUCACUUGGAAUUCAAGAUCAUGCAAUCAUUAGAAGUUAGAACCUUUUUGGGAUCAACGUUUGCGGAAAUAUAUCCAUGGAGUCGAACAGCAAAUCCUCUGGAGUCUCUUCACAUUGCCCCAGGAUUACUGAAAAUGUUGAUCCGAAUAUCUCAAGCUCCAGUUCAAAACUCGCGAAUGCUCCAUCCAUCGCAAAAUCAGCGAAGAAAUCCUCAAAAUCCGCUUCGAAAACCCCUAAUCCGAUGGUUUCUCCUUCGUCACAGAAGAAGAUUCGACAGAGGAAGUUCGUGGUUGCGAAGCGCAAUACGACAAAGGAUGUGACGGACUCUGCGAAAACAGAACCAGUGGUGUGUAAGUGUGGAAAGGGCGGGGGGAAGAAGUGUUCAUGUGUUGCUUAUGCAUCUCUGAGGGCUUCACACGAGGAGUUCUUCAAAAGUCGCCGAGGAAUUAAUGGCGAGGAAAGUGUUCUGGAGGAAUUGGAGAUGCGCAUUGAAAACGAGAUAGGAAGUAAAGACGUGGAAGUGAAUAGCAACAAAGAUGAGGAAGAGAAUGGAGGAAAAGUAAAAUCAGAUGAUUUUUCAUCGAGUAAUCUGGAGUUGAAUGAAGGCAAGAUGAGCGGUGAAAUGUGUGUCAAGAGAAGGAGGGCUAAGGUGUUAGGAGAUGCUAUGGAGAAUGGCACUCAACCAGCUUAUGGAAAUGUGAUGCACUUGGUCAAGGCUUUUGAAGAGCUUUUUACCAUUCAUAAGCCAGACGAGACUGAGAAAAAGCAUGAGAAUGGAGGCGAAGAAAUUGAGAAGGGGAUGAAAUUGGAAUUGUCAGAUUGUACCAUCAGUUCUGAAAGUCUUGGCUUGUUGCAUUCGCACCGCUCACUUUCACUUGAUAGUAGCCAAGGAAGGACUCUUGUUGGAGGAAUCAAUACUAGAAGUAAUAGUGCUGAAUCAUCUGGGGUUUCCGCUAGAAGGUUCGUGAAGAGAAGGCUGCCCAGAGCAACCUCCCAGAAUCCAUUCAAUCUUAGAACCGAGCAAAGGGGAAAGUCCAAGGAGAAAGAAUUUAUCAACAAGCUGAAGCAGAUGGAGGAGGAGGAUAAGAAGUAUCGUAUUCCAAUUGCACAAGGUCUUCCAUGGACAACAGAUGAGCCAGAGUGCCUGGUGAAGCCUCCUGUGAAGGAAAGCACAAGGACAAUUGAUCUAGUACUCCACAGUGAUAUGAGGGCUGCAGAUCGAGCUGAGUUCGACCACAAGGUGGAAGAGAAACUGCGCAUCAUUGAACAACAAAAAAUGGAAAGAGACAGGUUACAGAAGUUGGCUGAAGAAGAGGAAAUCAGAAGGCUGCGAAAGGAACUUGUUCCAAAAGCCCAACCAUUACCCUACUUCGACAGGCCUUUCAUUCCUGUAAGGUCCGAGAAGCUCCCUACUUUGCCUCGAGAACCAAAAUUCCAUAUUCCUCAAACCAAGAAGAUUAAAAGCUCUGCAAUGAAAGUGAACAAUGUUUGAAGUCAAAUAACAUUUGAUUUGGUUCUGUUGUACUCCGUACUUAUUAGCGGUAUAAGUUCUUUUGCUGUGUAAAAAGUACGUGUUGCAUAGAACAACAGAAAAAUGGGAAAGAUGGAAACCACUAUACUAUUUUUCAAUAAGUAGAAAGGCUUGAAGAUUCCUAAAUAAAUCAAGCUUUCAACGCAUAUCAAUGGAUAUAAUUCUUUACUACACAAA